CAGUGUGUCACUGUUUUACCGGGGAAAGGGAUACACUUGCGUUUUACAUUCAGGCGUAUUACAACCACCGGCAAUGCUGUGUUACAUUUUUAACUGAAAGAAGGAAUAACUGCAAAAAUGACGGUGGAUUUUGAGGAAUGUAUUAAAGAUUCUCCCCGUUUCAGGGCGAAUAUCGAUGAAGUUGAGACCGAUGUUGUGGAAAUAGAAGCCAAGCUAGAUAAGCUGGUGAAGUUAUGCAGUGGUAUGAUCGAAGCGGGUCGUGUGUACGUCAGUGCUAAUAAACUCUUCGUCAAUGGCAUUCGAGACUUGUCUCACCACUGCAAAAAGGAGGAGAUGAUCUCAGAAUGUCUUGAAAAGUGUGGAGAGAGCCUUCAGGAAAUCGUCAACUAUCACAUGAUCCUGUUCGACCAGGCCCAAAGAUCCGUAAAGCAACAGUUGCACAAUUUUGUGAAGGAGGAUGUUCGAAGGUUUAAAGAGACUAAGAAGCAGUUCGAUAAGGUUCGGGAGGAUAUGGAAAUCGCCCAGGUGAAGAACGCACAGGCGCCUCGCAACAAACCGCAUGAGGUGGAGGAGGCCACCAGCACCCUCGUCACGACCCGCAAGUGCUUCCGACACCUCGCCCUCGACUACGUGCUUCAGAUCAAUGUUCUUCAAGCCAAAAAGAAAUUUGAGAUUUUGGAUUCGAUGCUGUCGUUCAUGCACGCUCAGUACAGUCUGUUCCAGCAGGGCUUCAACCUCCUGGACGAGAUCGACCCCUACAUGAAGAAGCUGGCUGCCGAGUUGGAUCAGCUGGUCAUAGAUUCUGCUAUGGAGAAGAGAGAGAUGGAGCACAAACACGCCACCAUACAGCAAAGAACUUUGAUACAGGAUUUUGCUUACGAUGACUCCAAGGCAGAAUUCAACAUGGAUGCUCCCAAUGGUGUCGUGAUGGAGGGAUACCUGUUCAAGAGGGCGAGCAAUGCUUUCAAGACAUGGAACAGGCGAUGGUUUUCGAUACAGAACAGUCAACUAGUGUAUCAGAAGAGACUAAAAGACGUUUUGACUGUGGUUGUGGAGGACCUGCGGCUUUGCUCUGUGAAACCAUGUGAGGACAUUGAGAGAAGGUUCUGUUUUGAAGUGGUGUCACCUACAAAGAGCUGUAUGCUGCAGGCUGAAUCGGAGAAGCUCCGUCAAGCUUGGAUUCAGGCGGUUCAGGCCAGCAUUGCUUCUGCCUACAGAGAGAUUUCUGAAAACUAUUACAUAGAGCGUCUGGACAGGACCGCUUCUCCCUCCACGAGCAGUAUCGACUCUGCCAGCGAGCCGCGGGAGCGUAUCGUUAGAGGAGAGAGCAUCUUACAGCGUGUGCAGUGUCUGCCGGGAAACGAGAUCUGCUGCGACUGUGGCCAGGCCGACCCGCGCUGGGCCAGCAUCAACCUCGGCAUUCUGCUCUGUAUCGAGUGCUCUGGGAUUCACAGGAGUUUAGGUGUCCACUGCUCUAAAGUUCGCUCUUUAACACUCGACACGUGGGAGCCAGAGCUUAUGAAGCUAAUGUGUGAGCUUGGCAACACUGUAAUCAACCAUAUUUAUGAAGGUGCAUGUGAGGAACAAGGACUAAAGAAACCCGGUCCCAACAGCUCGAGGCAGGAGAAAGAAGCGUGGAUCAAAGCGAAAUACGUGGAGAGGAAGUUUCUGAAGAAGAUGUGUGGGUCCGAAGCCCUGGUGGAGGGCAGCAGGAAAUCACGUCACUGGAGCGUGAAGAAGUGCAGGAGACACAACAGCUCCAUCAGAGCCCCUAAAACACGCCGGAAAUACAGGCACGACGCCGGGAUCAUGUCGCCAGGCAAUCUCUCCGCUGCUGCAGCAGCCGCCAAGUUUCGGAGAGAAUCUUUGUUUUGUCCCGAUGAGCUUGAUUCACUCUUCUCUUACUUUGACACAGGCUCAGGGCCUCGCAGUCUCAGCAGUGACAGCGGGCUUGGCGGCAGUACGGACGGCAGCACGGACAUACUCGUUUUCGGCUCAGUGGUGGACAGUGUCACUGAAGAAGAGUGUGAGGACUCUGAUGAAUCCAGCGGAGAGGUUGAUAUCGAGCAGGAAGCGUCGGAUCCAGAAGACGGGCGGGAGCUUGACCCGAGCGCUCUGCUUCACAAGGCGUCACGGGCCAGGAACCUCCCGGUCAUGGCGGAAGCACUCGCACACGGUGCAGAUGUCAACUCAGUCAACGAGGAGGACGAAAGCAAGAGUGCAUUAAUACAAGCCGUCACAGGGGGCUCUCUGAUCGCCUGUGAGUUCCUGCUGCAGAAUGGAGCAGAUGUCAAUCAGAGGGACGGACGAGGACGGGCACCUCUCCACCACGCCACGUGCCUGGGUUACACGGGACAGGUGUGUUUGUUCCUGAAGCGAGGAGCCUCUCAGAUGGAGGUGGACGGAGACGGGCAGGACCCUCUCAGUAUCGCUGUUCAGGCAGCCAAUGCAGACAUCGUCACAUUAUUGCGGUUAGCUCGGAUGAAUGAAGAGAUGCGGGAAGCGGACGGGCCCUUCGGACAGCCAGGUCAAUAUCCCAGCAGCAGUCCCACAGAGCAACAGUACAAAAAGUGUAUUCAGGAGUUUAUCUGCCUCACGAUUGACGAAUGCUAGGGGGCGCUCUUGAGCGCUGGCAGCUUGUGAGGAGGACCACGUACUCAGUUUGUAGCCCGUAACAGGAAUAGCUUUAGCAAGGAUCGAGUGAUAUCCU